UCUGUCUGUGUGAGUUUUCAUAAUAUCUGAUGGACCCAAGCAACAUGCAGCAGGUGCAGUUCAAAACAGAGAACAAUUUGAGGGAAAAAAAGCGCUUUACGUUUCUAUAAGCACGCAAAUAACGGGGUUGUCGUGUUCGGAUAACGGAGCAACAUUUUAUUCCUACCAUCAGUAAGUCAGAGAAGCUUUGAAGAACUUUCUGCUUGGAAACAUCGGGUGUGAUAUAGACUAGUAACUAGCUAACUAACCGCCUGGAGCAGCAACACGAAUCAUUGGAUAUACAAACUGGAUGUGACCUCUUACUUAUCUCAAACAAUAACAACUCUUCUUAUGUAAAGUGCUUUGUUUUGGUCUGUAACUGUGAUGCAAGCGGUUGCUUUAGUAAACAACUAUCAGCGCAGACUGAGCAUCGCAGUGAAUCUACUUCCAGAUGUCCAUCUCUCUCUGCUCGUAACAGGUGGAGCUAAUUUCACUCCAUCUGUCCGCUGCUGAACUGGCAUAUAUGGGCAACCAGGUUGACAAACUGUCACACCUAAGUUACGCCGAAGUUCCCACGACCGACCCUAACGGGCUCGACACGGAGGAAGACGGCCCGCGGAUCGGGGUCUCCUACAUUUUCGCCACCGACGACGACGAACUGGACGAUAAUCAUCCUCAGCAUGUCGAUGGAUCGGAGCAGAAGGAGGAAGAGAAGCACUACGAGCUGGACUGCGCGGUUUACCACCGAGACGAGUGCAUUUAUGAGAGAAGUAGCAACACUACGGAACUGGAGACGUUCAGCCCGGAGAAUUUAUUGAACAAAUGUAAGCCCGGGGACGUGCUGGAGUUCGUGUCCGCCGGGCAGUACCCGCACUGGGCUGUGUACGUGGGGGACUUCCAGGUGGUGCACCUGCACCGGGCGGAGGUCAAGAACAGUUUUCUGACCGAUGCUAGUCAGGGCAGAAGGGGCAGGGUCGUAAACGAGCUGUACAAAUACAAACCCCUCAGUCCUGACAUGGUGGUGCAGAACGCGAUGGAGCAGGUGGGGGCCAAAGACAGAGAGCUAAGUUGGAGAAAUUCGGAGUGUUUCUCCGCCUGGUGCAAAUUCGGUAAACGGGAGUUUAAGAUGGGAGGGGAGAUACGGAUAGGAAAACAGCCGUACAGAUUAAAGCUCUUCUUGCCUGACAAACAGUUUCAUGUGCUGGAGUUUCAGAGCUUGGAGGAUUUGAUCAUGGAAAAGAGGAGAAACGAUCAGAUCGGUAAAGCGGCAGUUUUACAGGAGUUGGCGCAUCAUUUGAGCAAUAACGGAAGUGAAGCGAACGGUCACUGACGUGCAACAGGUAGCGGAGAGAAAUGUAUCCCGGCAUAAUGUGUGACUCUCGCGAAACCCGUCCAGAACAUUUAAUUUCAAAAUUAAAAUAAAUUAUUACUAUAUAUUUUUUUUUUUUGUUAAAAGAAAAUGACAGAACUGGGACACAUUCUGAUUGAUCAACUCUAUGAAACAAGCUCUUCAUCAUAUCACUAUUAGGUCCAUGUUCUGUCAUGUCAGGGACUAUAUCUUUUAGCGGAAGGA